AUGAUGAGCGCGCUGCGGACACAAGCCUCUCGCAGGGCUCUGCAGAGCUGCUGCUGCCGUUCCCGGCCCGUCCUGUCCCGUCACGCGACUCAAUUCCUGCCCGCGCCGGCCCGAUCGUUCCACCCUCCCGAAUACUCACCAGCCGACCCAAAGGACUUCAAUCGAAAGGUUCGGGAAUUGGUCAAAUCCUCGCCCGUGCCUGAGAAUGCAAGAAUUGCCAUUGUCGGUGCUGGCCUGACCGGUCUCACCACUGCGUACUAUCUUGCCCAGGACCUGCCUCCAGGAUGCAAGAUUGUCAUCUAUGACGGCCAGAAUCGCGUGGGGGGCUGGAUUCGAUCAGAGACGCACUCGGUGGAUGUCGGGGGCACCAAGUCCCAGGUUCUGUUUGAGCGAGGUCCCAGGGCCAUCUCUCCCGGUGACACGCUGCAUGGCCAACAGGAUCGCCUUGUGCUAUACGACUUGUUGCUGAAUCACGGUCUCAUAGCUUACCCCGGCCGACCAAACCUAGCACGAUUUAUUUACAGCCCGCAGGGACAUCUGGUGAACUUGUCAGGCAUACGUCUCGACCCAUCGAUAUUUGAAGAGCCUAUUUACAGAUUGAUGCUCAAGGGAGGUCUGUGGUGGACUCUGAAGUGGCGCUUCAGAAGACCGGGCUGGUUUCCCAAGGAUGACGUCUCACUGGGGGAGUACGUGGAGCGAGCGUCCGGGAGUCGACAGCUGGUUGAGGAUGUGGCCUCUGCCGGAGUCCACGGCAUUUGGGGCGGUGACAUCGACAAGAUCAGUGCCAUGAGCGCCCUGGGACUCCAUUUCCAGUCGGCGAGCCUGACAUAUGGGCAGGCCGAAGACCUCGGUCUACGCGUGACUGAGCAGAGGUUCGUGUCACAGUUCCUACAGGACCGGCCUUACGUCAAGACUAUGUAUGCCUUGAAACCGCCGGCUCUCGUCAACUUUGGAAAGUUCGGCCUGGAAUCGCUCCCGAUUGCAUUGGCGAAUUCGCUUGAAUCCGAUAGCAGAGUCGAGAUGAGACUGGGAAACCCUAUUAGCGAGAUUGAGUACGACCCUAGCGAGAGGAAGGUCAAGAUUACAGAUUCAAACCAACAAACCGAGGUCUACGACAAAGUCAUCGCGACCACCUCUGGCCAGCACGCAUACCAGCUGACUGGCGGCAAAUUAAAACAUCUUCAGGACUCAGAAUCAGUAAACAUCAUGACAGUCAACCUCUGGUAUCCCCAAGAGACCCUCGUCCCCUCCGGGCUCGGCUACCUCAUCCCCAAGUCCUGCCCACCAGAGCUGAACCCUGAACGCGCCCUGGGCGUCUUCUUCGACAGCAACGUGGCCGAGCAGCAGCAGAGGCAAGAAGGCGGCACCAAGGUCUUCGUCCUCAUGGGCGGGCACCAGUACGAGGGCAUGGAGCCCCCGUCGGAGGCCCAGGCCAUCGACCAGGCCAAGAGCCUGCUCCACCGCCACCUGGGCAUCCCCAUCGACCUGCCCAGCUACGCCGUCUCCAAGCUGGCCAAGGGCUGCCUGCCGCAGCACCACGUCGGCCAUCACAGGCGCAUGGCGAACCUCUCGUACGAGCUGAUGGACAAGUUCGAGAACAGGCUCGCGCUCAUCGGCGGCUCCUACUCGCGGCCCGGCGUGGCGAGCGCCCUCCGCGCCGGCUUCGACAUGGCACACGCGAUAACGAGGGAGAACUUCUACGAUAACGGUGUCACGCGCUUCAGCCAUAAGGAGGUCUCGGAUCCAUACUUUCCCUUUGGGGAGAAGGCAUAUCUCGACAGGAACCAAUGA